GCGGGCGCGCGCGCACACCCACCCACGAAGUGGCAGCUGUUGGGACUGGUUGAGCCGAGAAAAGAGAGCGCGCAGGCGCGUGCGCGAGGCAGGGAGUUUAGGGAGGAGGGGGGGAAGGGAGGGAGUUAAAAAAAAAAAAGCGAGGUGGAGAGGAAACAAAAACAAUCGCCCGGGCGCCGCCAUCUUGGGUCCGUUCUCCACACCACGCAAGUGAAUGGGUAGCUAUGAAAUUACCACAGGGGCGCAGCAAGCUCCUCAACUUCAUUAUCGAGGGCACAAAGUUGGGCUCCGCCGCGUUUACGCCGCCGCCAGCCAGGAGACCGGCGGGCUGGACCUAGGAGCAGCAGGUUCUUCGCAGCCUGGGAAGAAGAGCUAGGAAGAGGGGGAAGAAGAGAGCUUUCUCGUCUGUCCGUCCGUCCGCCCGCCUCUCCCCCACCUCCCUCCUCUCUCUCUCUCUCUCUGCACAAGGCUCGCCUGGUCUACGUUGUGUGGGAGGCACAAGAGGGAGAGAAAAAGGCGAGCAAGGAUUGACCAGGCUCCGUGCCCUUGCCCGCCCCGCUGUCGUCUACUCGCUGCGGGUGUGAAGAAAAGAAGGGAGGAGGAGAAGGAGGGAGGAGAAGUAAAGCAAAAGCCAAGUUGGAUCACGUACGGAGGGUCCUCCUGCAUCUACAGCGACCGAAGGGGGGUGGGGGGGACUCUGUGGCAAAUGUUGAACCCAUGAAGAGUUGGAAGGAAGAGGAAAAGAGAGGUGUGGUGUCUGCACAUGUAUCAAGCUUUGAACAGCAUAGUAUAAGCCAAGGAGAAAAGAUCUUGCCUGCCUGUCCACCAGCCUGGCCGUUCGAGAAGACCGAUUUGGCCGUAUCUGAUCACCAUGGUUAUAAAGCAUUGCUUCACCCAUUUUUGAGACCUCUUAGGCUACCACUACAGGAAAGAUUUUUCCCAAGCCUCUUGAGUAGGAUUUUUCUUUUCUUUUUUUAAGGAAAGUAUUUUUAGAACGUUGAAAAAAAUCUCCUACCAACCCCCUCCUCUACCAGCUUGAAACAGCAUUGCUUUCCCAUCGCCUCUUGGCAUUUUCGUGUGGUUUUAAAAUACCAAAUAUGAGGGUAUUUUAAGUAUAGAGUUGGGGGAGGGUCAUACAGAUUGGUGGAGUUCUGUAAAGAGUUUGAAACUUAUUGAAGGCGAAGUGAGGAUGUGAAAUGUUCAAUCUACCCUUUGAGUGGGCAAAAGAUCAUGAUAGUAAAAAGGGGUUGAAUAGGCAAGUGGUAAUCAUCUUUCAUUGAUUUGAUAAGGAAGAACUAGAGAGUCCUUACAUUUGUGGUUUUGUGGAGCACAGAUAAUAAGCUCUUGUUGCUGCCCUGUCCUUUCCUUGUUGGUUGCUCUCAGCAUUUAUUAAUAGGAAACCUCAGUGUUUCACAGAUUGUUUUUAAGAUUUUUUUUUUUAAAAAACGAAUGGAUUAGUUUACUAUUGCUCGUUCCAUCGAAGGCAUGUUUGUGUUGACACUUGAAACUAAGAUGGAACUAUUUCUCACCCAGACACUACAUGCUGUAAAAGAAGCGUGAAGACGAAAGUAUUGUUUACCAAUAUCUGUGCGUCUUGCCUCCUUCCAGCACCCAUGGGGGAUAUCUUACAGAUUUCAAAGUGAAGAAAACAAUGUAUUAUGCUUCAAGACAUUUAUUUGCUUAACACUCAACUACUCUACUGUUGAUCCUUUGAACGGGGUACUUAAUUGUUUUUAUGAAUAGUUUGUACAGAAGCCACCGUUUGUACAGAAGCCAAAUGACUCGUGUGUUCUCAAAUAUAUACAUCCCUUUACUGGAGGAAGAACUGGAUAGACUGAGAGUAUAGAAAUCUGAUUUCACUCUUGUGGACGUAUUACUUUCCAAACAUGUUACUACAGAUAACUUUAAUGAAGUGAAAGAGGGAUUUUCAUAUUUGGAAGACCCAGGAAGCUGGAUAUACAGAAUUUCUUCAUAUUGAUUCUAACUAUUUGGAAAAUGGGAGCUGCUACAAAGUUGGUGUUUGCUGUUUUUCUUAUCUCUUGUUCGUCAGGUGCCAUACUAGGCAGAUCAGAGACGCAGGAGUGCAUCUACUUCGAUGCUAAUUCGGAAAAUGAUAAAACAAAUAGCAGUGGAAUUGAAAUGUGUUUUGGCGAUAAAGAUAAAAGACGACACUGCUUUGCAACAUGGAAGAAUAUUUCUGGAUCUGUUGAAAUUGUGAAGCAAGGUUGCUGGCUGGACGAUAUUAACUGUUAUGACAGAAAUGAUUGCGUAGAAAGGAAAGACAACCCUGAUGUGUUUUUUUGCUGCUGUGAAGGCAACAUGUGCAAUGAACAUAUUUCAUACCUUCCAGAGAUGGGGGUCACACAACCUACUUCCAAUCCUGUCCAAUCUAAACCACCCCUGUUCACUACCUUGCUUUAUUCUCUUGUGCCUAUAAUGGGAAUUGCAGUGAUCGUUCUGUUUUCAUUUUGGAUGUACCGACACCACAAAUUAGCAUAUCCUCCAGUACUUGUACCCACCCAGCACGCCUUUCAUAUAAUGAUAGAGGAUCCCGGACCACCACCUCCAUCACCACUGAUGGGCCUAAAGCCUCUGCAGUUACUAGAGAUCAAAGCUAGGGGAAGAUUUGGCUGUGUCUGGAAAGCUCAGUUAUUAAAUGAAAAUGUAGCUGUGAAAAUAUUCCCAAUCCAGGACAAACAGUCAUGGCAAAAUGAAUAUGAAAUAUACAGCUUGCCUGGAAUGAAGCAUGAAAACCUAUUACAAUUUAUUGGUGCUGAGAAACGAGGCACAAACAUUGAUGUCGAUUUAUGGCUAAUUACAGCAUUUCAUGAAAAGGGUUCGCUUACUGACUUCCUGAAGGCUAAUGUAGUGUCAUGGAAUGAACUAUGUCACAUUGCUGAAACUAUGGCUAGAGGUUUGGCGUAUCUUCAUGAAGACAUCCCUGGGCUAAAAGAUGGGCAUAAGCCAGCUAUAUCCCAUAGGGACAUCAAAAGCAAGAAUGUGUUGUUGAAAAACAAUCUUACAGCUUGUAUUGCUGACUUUGGCCUUGCUUUAAAAUUUGAGGCUGGGAAGUCGGCAGGUGAUACCCAUGGUCAGGUUGGCACCCGAAGAUACAUGGCUCCAGAAGUGUUAGAAGGUGCUAUAAACUUCCAAAGGGAUGCAUUUUUGAGAAUAGACAUGUAUGCCAUGGGUCUAGUCCUUUGGGAACUAGCAUCACGAUGUACUGCAUCAGAUGGACCUGUGGAUGAGUAUAUGCUGCCUUUUGAAGAAGAAGUGGGUCAGCAUCCUUCACUUGAAGAUAUGCAAGAAGUUGUAGUACAUAAAAAGAAGAGGCCUGUCUUGAGAGAGUGUUGGCAGAAGCAUGCUGGAAUGGCAAUGCUCUGUGAAACAAUAGAGGAGUGUUGGGAUCAUGAUGCAGAAGCUAGAUUAUCAGCAGGCUGUGUAGAAGAACGGAUUAUUCAGAUGCAAAGACUAACAAACAUUAUAACAACAGAAGACAUUGUGACUGUUGUCACUAUGGUGACAAAUGUGGACUUUCCUCCCAAAGAAUCCAGUCUAUGAUAGCUGCACUGGUCACACAUCUUGACCAAUAAGACUCUGUGAACUGGAGCUGCUAAGCUAAUGGGCCUGUUUCUGGUCAACAUUUUUCUGCUUGAAACGUGGAAUGGUAAGUCUGCCUUCGGAGUGUCAGUAGGAAGACGCCUCAUUGCCCUACACCAGACAUGGAUCCAGGAGACUUACUGCAUUCCUUGCAUAUGCCUGAAGGACAUGGGACUGAGAAAAUGACAAAAUUAUGUCAACAAACUUAUUAAAAGAACAUGGACCUAUCCUGGCUACUCAAACAUUUUAAAAGCUGACAUUGUAUUUCUUAACAUGUCAGACUAAGACUAAUUCCUUAAAAUGAACUACUGCUAUUUUUUUUAAAUCAAACAUUUCAUUUCAGAUUUAAGAAAAAAAGGGUAACUUGUUUUUAUUGCAUUUGCUGUUGUGUUUAUAUAAAUGACUAUUGUAAUGCCAAUAUGACACAGCUUGUGAAUGUUUAGUGUGCUGCUGUUCUAUGUAAUCAAAGUGGGAUCUAGCAAAAAGGCUUCCAAGCAUUACUUAACCUCCCUCAACAAGGUAUACCUCAGUUCCACCUAUGCUAAAUUGUUGAAUUGACAACACUAACAAAACUGAAAUAAUUGAUCUAGAUUUUGUACAUGAUGUGUUACAGAUUCACAAUGGUUUGUUUUUUAAAAAAGAUGGUAAGCUGUGCUUCAUGCCAACAGUCAGUGGCCAUUCCUAAAAUGGUGUAUUAGUCAUUUCUUGUUCUAGCUUGUGUAUAAAAUGUAUUGUGUGUUAAAUGGCAAACUUCCCCAAUUUUUAGUUUAAAGCUUUAUUUUACCUCCAGUUCCCAAAAUAUUGCAUACAUUUAUUUGACUAACUAUUUAGGUUUGCAGUGUCUGGUGGUAAUUUGAAAACUUAAGCAUGACUUUUUUUGAAAAAAAAUGAGCUACGGCACUGGAAAGCUCUUGACUUUAAUUCUUUUGAAAGAAGCUUUUUCGAAUUUUAUAUUUGUUAAUGUUCUGACUAGUGUAUUUUAUUUCACUAAGCAGGAUUCAGUGGGUUGGAUUCCGAUUUAAGUGUUAGUAACCGGGCUGGCAGAAGCAGACUUCCUGCUCUUUCCUCCUCUCAGCAGCCUUUCCAGCUUUCUGCAAAUGCGACACAGAUGGCGUUUGACCAUCUGUGUAGCAUUUGGGAUAGGGUUGGGGUGGGGUGGAGUAUCAUUGCAUGUGAUUAAACUUGGAUCCAGCCCAGUUCCCACUGUGUCAGGAUCCCCUCAGGAAGCUUCAUUACCCAGAACUCCUCACCUUCAUGCGUUGCCUUUUACAGCUUCACAACACUUGAUUUUUGGUAUUGACUUGUCAGAGUAAUAUUUGUUUGUGAUGCAUAGGUUUACCUAUGGUCACCAAAAAAUACAGCUACACACUACUUUUUAAAAACAUGCUUACCAUCAGAUAUGCAAUUAUUUCUGUAGAGAUAAUAAUGUAGCACAGUCUAGCAAAAAAGCCCUACAACUUUAAAUUUAAACUACUGUAUUCAAGAGCAUCUUUAUAGGCAUUUAAGAUGUUGAGCCUUACGAUAUAAAAAAAUAUCCUAGGAAAAAGGGCAGUAAGUAGACAGGUGCCAAAGUACUUUUGAAAAGUAAUAACACUACAGUUAUUUGAUCAGCUACAUGUAUACAGGCCAAAGUCAGUUCAUGCUCUAAAACUAAGUACUGAACCAAUAGUAGCCAGUAUUAUCAGAUUCUGGUCAGGUCAUUUUUUAAUCAUGCAUUAGACUUAUAAAUAUUUUUUUUAUGUCAAUCAGUUGUUCACUGUGAAUAUUCUCUUCUAAACAGUUAUUUAUUAAACCACACUGUUUUCUUAUGUACUGAUCUCUGGGAACAAAGAGGAAUUAUUUAUAAACAAGUUUCUGGUCACCAAACUUGAAAACAGGGAGAAGGGUAAUAGCAGAGUUGUUUGUAACUGGCAUACCAUGCAAAGAUUACUGUAUUGCCUUAUGGUUUUGUGGUAGACCGAAGAACCCCGUGCCCAACUGGGUUACGGAUACUGUUGGACACAAUUUGUUCAUUUUGUUUGGUGACAAAUAUAGGGGGACUGUUUCUUCAAUUGUAUUUUUGAAUUAAGGAUUAUUUGCUUGCUACUAAUUUUAGGGCUUGAUAUAGUGAUCCUAACUCAAGAAGUCAUGCGUAAAAAAGAUCUGAAUGGUUGAUAUGUCUUGUUUCUCCUCAAAAUGAUAGUGUUUAUACUAAGAAAAUGUAGAAACUAUCAGUGGUCAUCUAAAAACAUGUAAAUAUAAGAACCAUUGAAAAGCUAUGUUUGUCUUGGGAAAUUACCCCCAAAUUUUCAUAGAGCAGCUUUCUAUCAAACACAGACUUCCACCAAUAUGACCUGAGCCAGGUAGGAAAUUUUUUCUUGUGUAUUUUGCUAAUAUGUUUCUGAUUCCAGGUCACAUAGAGAAAAUCAUCAAAACUGACAAUCAGAGUAAUGUCUCAUAUUAUUUAAUGCCUUUCAAAAUCCCCUAAAUAACUAGUUCAAAAAUUUUAACAAGAAUGAUACCACAGGUCGGAAAACUUUGGUAGAAUCUGUAAAAUUGCUAAAAUUUACCAAACUGUUUUGAUCCAUAUUUACAAUAAUAUCUUGCAGGGAAUCUCAACAUCUUUGUUUCUGACUUACACAGAAAACGUAGAGGUGGGCAAGGUUGUUGGUUUUUUCUUUAAAAAAAAAAUGCUUAAGCCAAGACCUAUAAAUAAAAGCCAAUGUUAAGUCUGAGCUAGGAAAGAUGCUCUGCUUUCUGGCAGAUAUUGUGACAAUUGUUGCUUUUUGUAUUUGAAUCAUGCAGCUUGUAUGGCCAGCUCUGGUGGUUCACCUUGUAUCUUUGACUCGUGAAGAAAAGCUGGAGCUUUGACUCAAGCUUUCAGUUGUCUUUGGUUUGCCUGUGUCUACUUAGUUGGCUGCCAUAUAAUUGCCACAGGAUUAACAGAAUAGCCAGUUUUGUGAUCAACUGAAGUCUAAACCCUGCAAUCCAUUUUCAGUUUGUGUUAGAUGCUAAGAACUUUAUAUCACACAAUGCAUGACUACUCUUUGUACAGUUGCUAAAUAUAACUUAGCAUUUUGGAACAGAUUGUGCCUCGUAAUUGUUGGAGUUAUUUGACCUAGCGUUCUCAUUCAUGGUGAUAUUCUGAAAAUGAGUCUGGAUUACAAUACACAACUUUAUACCUUCUUUGAUAGCAAAAUCCAUGUGGAGUAGCUCUUGCAUAACUAAGGUGUAAUCAGAUGUAGUAGUAAUAAAUAUUAUUCAUACUACAGUUCUACAGAAUAAAUUGCUGAUUGUAGUUUAACAAAGUGAGGUGACUGAUUGGUUGACCUUUUUCCAGUUCUCUUUUUAACCUUUUUAACGCAUUUUUAUUAGGAAUAUUUGGUAUAAGAUACAGAAAGCUAUGUACAGAAUUAUGAGCAAAUGAUAAAAAUAGUAUCCUUGUUGGAACACCAUUUACCUCAAGAUACUCAACCAGCAGUACUUUUUUUUUUUAAUGCACACUCAGUCCAUAUAAGAUGUUACCUCUCAAGAUAUUGGUACGCAAUUAUUUAGCUUUACUCGGUACUUGUCAGUGUUCUGGGCACAGGUUGUUGUACUACUGUCAAAUUGCUCUUGCUAUUUUUUGGCAAGUAUUUAAAAUAAAAUAACCCCAUCUUGGAUAAAAGUGAUUGUGAAAUAUUGUAUAAAUGUAUGCUUUCUUUCCCUAUUCCCACAGAAAGAUGAAUAAAAAAUUAAGUGACUACUAUGA